GUGAGCUGUGACAAUAUGUGAAAAUUGAAGUGCUAUAGCGAGGCACAGAAGGCACUGAGAAGGAUGGCUCUGAUUUACCAAACAGCCCUAUUUUUCACCAUCAUUGGCUUGAGCUUUGCAGCACCAAGUGCAAGACAAGUCCGGUGGUGUGUGAUAUCAGAUCUUGAGCAGAAAAAGUGCAAUGAUCUAGUGGGAUCCUGCAAUGUCCCGAAGAUUAACCUUGUGUGUGUGCUUAGAUCCUCCACUGAGGCCUGUAUGACAGCUAUAAAGGAUGGACAAGCAGAUGCCAUGUUCUUAGAUAGUGGAGAUGUCAACAAAGCUUCAAUGGAUCCUUAUAACCUGAAGUCAAUUAUUGCAGAACCGUCCAGUUCCCAUACAGAUUUGACAACAUGCUUGAAGCAGCGUCAAGAAGCUCUGGCAAAGAAGAUAAUUGGUCUUUAUAUUCCACAAUGUGAUGAAAAGGGCAGUUACCAACCACAGCAGUGUCAUACCAGCACCGGGCACUGCUGGUGUGUUAGCACAAUGGGUGCAGAGAUUGCUGGCACAAAAACCCCACGUGGACAAACAAGAGUUACAUGUGAAAGGCAUGACUUGCCGAAAUGCUUGAAGGAACGUCAGGUAGCUCUGGGAGGAGACAAGAAAGUAGUAGGUGGUUUUGUUCCUCAGUGUGAUGAAAAGGGCAGUUACCAACCACAGCAGUGCCAUGGCAGCACCGGGAACUGCUGGUGUGUUAGUGCGAUUGGCGAAGAGAUUGCUGGCACAAGAACUCCACCUGGACAAACACCAGCUACAUGUGUAAAACAAGACUUGCCGAAAUGCUUGAAGGAACGUCAGGUAGCUCUGGGAGGAGACAAGAAAGUAGUAGGUGGUUUUGUUCCUCAGUGUGAUGAAAAGGGCAGUUACCAACCACAGCAGUGUCAUGGCAGCACCGGGAACUGCUGGUGUGUUAGUGCAAUUGGCGAAGAGAUUGCUGGCACAAGAACUACACCUGGACAAACACCAGCUACAUGUGUAAAACAAGAGAUUUUGACAGUCUUGCCAAAAUGCUUGAAGGAACGUCAGGUAGCUCUGGGAGGAGACAAGAAAGUAGUAGGUGGUUUUGUUCCUCAGUGUGAUGAAAGGGGCAGUUACCAACCACAGCAGUGCCAUGGCAGCACCGGGUACUGCUGGUGUGUUAGUGCAAUUGGCGAAGAGAUUGCUGGCACAAGAACUCCACCUGGACAAACACCAGCUACAUGUAAAAAACAAGAGAUGUUGACAGUCUUGCCAAAAUGCAUGAAGGAACGUCAGGUAGCUCUGGGAGGAGACAAGAAAGUGAUAGGUGGUUUUGUUCCUCAGUGUGAUGAAAAGGGCAGUUACCAACCACAGCAGUGCCAUGGCAGCACCGGGUACUGCUGGUGUGUUAGUGCAAUUGGCAAAGAGAUUGCUGGCACAAGAACUCCACCUGGAAAAACACCAGCUACAUGUGUAAAACAAGAGAUGUUGACAGUCUUGCCAAAAUGCUUGAAGGAACUUCAGGUAGCUCUGGGAGGAGACAAGAAAGUGAUAGGUGGUUUUGUUCCUCAGUGUGAUGAAAAGGGCAGUUACCAACCACAGCAGUGCCAUGGCAGCACCGGGUACUGCUGGUGUGUUAAUGCAACUGGCGAAGAGAUUGCUGGCACAAGAACUCCACCUGGACAAACACCAGCUACAUGUGUAAAACAAGACUUGACAAAAUGCUUGAAGGAGCGUCAAGAAGCUCUGGCAAAGAAGAUAAUUGGUAAUCAUAUUCCACAGUGUGAUGAAAAGGGCAAUUACAAACCACAGCAGUGCCAUGGCAGCACCGGGCACUGCUGGUGUGUCAGCGCAAUGGGCGCAGAGAUUGUUGGCACAAAAACUCCACCUGGACUAACACAAGCUACAUGUGAAAGGCAUGAGAUGUUGACAGACUCGACACAAUGCUUGAAGGAACGUCAGGUAGCUCUGGGAGGAGACAAGAAAGUGAUAGGUGGUUUUGUUCCUCAGUGUGAUGAAAAGGGCAGUUACCAACCACAGCAGUGCCAUGGCAGCACCGGGUACUGCUGGUGUGUUAGUGCAAUUGGCGAAGAGAUUGCUGGCACAAAAACUCCACCUGGACAAACACCAGCUACAUGUAAAAAACAAGACUUGACAAAAUGCUUGAAGGAGCGUCAAGAAGCUCUGGCAAAGAAGAUAAUUGGUAAUCAUAUUCCACAGUGUGAUGAAAAGGGCAAUUACAAACCACAGCAGUGCCAUGGCAGCACCGGGCACUGCUGGUGUGUCAGCGCAAUGGGCACAGAGAUUGUUGGCACAAAAACUCCACCUGGACUAACACAAGCUACAUGUGAAAGGCAUGACAUGUUGACAGACUCGACACAAUGCUUGAAGGAACGUCAGGUAGCUCUGGGAGGAGACAAGAAAGUGAUAGGUGGUUUUGUUCCUCAGUGUGAUGAAAAGGGCAGUUACCAACCAAAGCAGUGCCAUGGCAGCACCGGGUACUGCUGGUGUGUUAGUGCAAUUGGCGAAGAGAUUGCUGGCACAAGAACUCCACCUGGACAAACACCAGCUACAUGUGUAAAACAAGACUUGACAAAAUGCUUGAAGGAGCGUCAAGAAGCUCUGGCAAAGAAGAUAAUUGGUAAUCACAUUCCACAGUGUGAUGAAAAGGGCAAUUACAAACCACAGCAGUGCCAUGGCAGCACCGGGCACUGCUGGUGUGUCAGCGCAAUGGGCGCAGAGAUUGUUGGCACAAAAACUCCACCUGGACUAACACAAGCUACAUGUGAAAGGCAUGAGAUGUUGACAGUCUUGCCAAAAUGCUUGAAGGAACGUCAGGUAGCUCUGGGAGGAGACAAGAAAGUGAUAGGUGGUUUUGUUCCUCAGUGUGAUGAAAAGGGCAGUUACCAACCACAGCAGUGCCAUGGCAGCACCGGAAACUGCUGGUGUGUUAAUGCAAUUGGCGAAGAGAUUGCUGGCACAAGAACUCCACCUGGACAAACACCAGCUACAUGUAAAAAACAAGAGAUGUCGACAGACUUGCCAAAAUGCUUGAAGGAACGUCAGGUAGCUCUGGGAGGAAACGAGAAAGUGGUAGGUGGUUUUGCUCCUCAGUGUGAUGAAAAGGGCAAUUACCAACCACAGCAGUGCCAUGGCAGCACCGGGUACUGCUGGUGUGUUAGUGCAAUUGGCGAAGAGAUUGCUGGCACAAGAACUCCACCUGGACAAACACCAGCUACAUGUAAAAAACAAGCAGGUGCAGUGGUGACCAGAAAAAUCGGUGACAAGACUGAGGACAUCAAUACCUUUCUCAUGGAGGCUCAGAAAAAGCAAUGCAAAUUGUUCAGUUCUGCACGUGGGAAAGAUUUGAUGUUUGCUGACUCUACCAAAAAAUUAGCUCUUCUCUCUCACUGAAGACGGGGUGCUUGUAUCUAAUGAUGUGCUGCUAUAAACACUUGCAGGAAAACAAUAAGCCAGUCACAGCGGAAGAAAUAAGAGAACUGUGCACAAAAAAUUACAAAACUCGAAAUCCGGUCACACCACCCUGGUCUUGGCUCUCCUCCAGUGCAGACCCUUCAAGGAACCAGAUGCAGACGCCUAUGAAUCCCUCUAACUGGUGCUCCCACAGUGGAUACCUCUUCUGCCUACACAUCAAUCUGGUGUUGAUCCCAUUGGUAUGUUUUUCAGUACUAAUGGAAGCAGAAGUAUUCAAACGAAAUCCACAGAAACACAGGAGAAAACAGACAAAGCAAAUCUAAGAAGCAUUCUGGUGUAAAAUUAACCCAAGGUCCAAUACUGCAAAGAUGGAGUGCUAAUCAACAGCUCACCAUGCUACCUGUUAUCACUAAUUGUAUGCAUUGCAUUGCACUGUUAAAAUCACAUAGUCAAUGUAAUGGUGUCCUUACUUAGAAGCACAUCUUCCAUCCAAAGCAAAGUGUGCUGGUGUACAAUAAAUAAAGUGGAAAAAAUUAA